AAUGUGUUGGACGAACUGAGUAAGGGUCAUAUACAUUUCUGGAAACUUCUAUCCUCUUUCUCUCAAACUCUCAAAACCCCUUUCCUCAUUCAUCAUUACACUCUCCACUCACCUCUCUCUCUAACAAACCAAUUUCUUCCUCACACUCUUUCCAUUCUCAAAACAAAUCCACUCUCACACCACCUUCAAACGUUCUCUACAAUUGAUUUUACCCUAAGAGCAAAGAUGGUGAAAAGGAAGAACAAGAAAAGAAGAAAAGAAGAAAUCGCUGAAGAUUGGUGCUUUAUUUGCAAGGAUGGUGGUGAACUGAGGGUCUGUGAUUUUAAGGAUUGCCUUAAAACCUAUCAUGCUGAUUGCGCGAAAGAAGAUGCUUCCUUUUUGACGAAUGACAGUAAUUGGUGUUGUGGUUCCCAUUUUUGCUUCCUAUGCCGUAGAGCAUCGAAGUUUAUGUGCAUGUGCUGCCCAAUAGCUGUUUGCGGAAAAUGCUAUUAUGUGGCUGAAUUUGCUACUGUCAAAAGAAACAAAGGAUUCUGUAGGCACUGCUCAAAACUUGCAUUUCUUAUUGAGAAAAAUGCUGACGCUGAUUCUGAUGGAGAACCUAUAGAUAUGAAAGAUCCAGAUACAUAUGAAAGUUACUUUUUAGAAUAUUAUGAAAGUAUCAAAAAGAAAGAAGGGCUGAAUACUCAGCAUGUUCUUAUUGCCUGUGACACCAUUAAAAAUGGAAAAAACAAGCGUGACUUGGAUCCAUGCGAAAUAGGUGAGGAGGAAGAUGAUAGUGGUGAGUCAGAUGUGAGUGAUUUUAUGGGUUCUGACUAUGACCUGGAUGACACGGCAGGGGUUCAAUCGAGGAGAAAGAAGACGUGCAUGAAAAAGAUAAAAUCAGUAAAAGGAUCAAAAGCAGUGAAAGAUAAGAAAACUGAUUUUGUUGGAUGGGGUUCAAGAAGCCUCAUGGAUUUUCUUAAAAAUAUUGGUAGAGACACGACCAAAGAGUUUUCUGAACAUGAUGUUGCUUCAAUCAUCAUUGAGUAUUGCCAUAAAAACAAACUUUUUGACCCCGAGAAAAAGAAAAGGGUAAUAUGUGAUGCAAAUUUAUGGGCUUUACUACGGAGGAAAUCUGUGAACAAAAACAACAUACAAAACCUUCUGGCACCACAUUUUGCUGAGAAUGUUGAGGAAACUGAUGAUGCCAUCAGUGGUUCAGAAGAAAUGGAUAAUGUAGAGGCAAUCAAUUUUCCAAAACAGAAAAAUCUGAACCCAACUACAAAAUCUUGUCAGAGCGAAGUUUUUGAAGAGCUUCCAAGUGAAUUUGCAGCCAUAAUUAGCUCAAACGUAAAACUUGUCUACUUGAAGAGGAGCUUAAUUAUGGAGCUUUUGAAGCAACCAGAAACCUUUGAUGGUAAAGUGUUGGGAAGUUUUGUUAGGACCAAAGCUGACCCAAACGACUAUUUACAGAAGAAUUCACAUCUGCUCUUACAAGUAAUAGGAAUUAACAGAUCCAACAAAGACAAACUCCACCAAGAAAUUCUGCUCCGGCUUUCUAAUGUGCCAAAAGAUGUACCUAUCAGCAAAAUUUCUGAUGAUGACUUUUCUGAGGAAGAAUGUCAAGAUUUGUAUCAGAGAAUAACAAAUGGUCUGCUAAAAAAGCCAACUAUACUGGAGCUUGAGCAGAAAGCCAGAACUUUGCAUGAACAUAGGAUGAAGCAUUGGAUCUCAAGGGAGAUAACAUUGUUACGAAAUCGUAUUGAUCUGGCCAAUGAAAAGGGAUGGAGGAGAGAACUUGCUCAGUACAUGGACCAAAAGCAGAAGCUUGAAUCUCCGUCAGAACAGUCACGUUUAUUGAGUGAAAUUCCAAAAGUAAUUCCUGAAAUGGUUGAUACCAAUCUGUCACCUGAAGACUCCUUUGGAAAAGAUAAGCUUGACCAAAAUGAUAUUCCAGAAUUAGCCAUUGGAGAGAUUUGUAAUUCUGUUGAACAAUAUUCCACACAUGGUGGUUUUGCUCAAUGUCUGGAUAAGAGAACUACCAAUCUGUCACCCGAAGACUCCUCUGGAAAAGAUAAGCUUGACCAAAAUGAUUUUCCAGAAUUAGCCAUUGGAGAGACUUGUAAUUCUGUUGAACAAUAUUCCACACAUGGUGGUUUUGCUCAAUGCCUGGAUAAGAGAACAGAUGUUGUAGGUCCAAAAACUCCGGUGAAAAUUUACAAUGAUACAGCAUUACCUGCCACUGCUGAACAAUUGUCUGUCCAUACUGCUUCCCAAAACAGAGACACUUCUCAAAAAAACCUGGUUCAACAAUAUACCUCAGAAAGACGAGAUGAUCUCAAGCCUGCACUCCUUAAAGAAUCAAACUCGGAUUGUCAGACGGUAAAGGAGUGGCCAAGCGUUACGGUUGUUGUUCCUGUUAAGGCGACCAUCAAUGAUGUUAUUGAGUUAAGUGACAGUGAUGCAGAAGAUGUGAAUAUCAAUGUCACUUCAGCAGGAAGAAAGGGAGUGGAAAGUCCUGAUACUAAUAUUUGGCAUUGUUCGGGUAUUUAUGGUAGUGGAACAAGAGGGCCAGUUUCAUUGUCUGCACUCAAACGCUGGAGUGAAUUCCAAUCUGAUUCCGCGUCUUCUCAGUUCAAGGUCUGGAAGACAAGUGAGAGCGAAAGAGAGGCAAUGUCUUUGAGAGAUGCACUUAAGCUCUUUUUUCCCUAAUGUCAAAGUAAAUCAAAAUGAAGGGAAAUCACCUCUGUUGAAUGCAUCACCGUACUUUUGUUUUCACCAAAUAGCUGCCUGUUCAAAAUGUUGCUAGUGUAAAAGUACUUUAUCCUCCACAUUUUGAGUGUCUGAAAAAUUUACCACUAUAAUCUAUAUUUCUCUUGUGAAUCUCUAA